AUGGACGUCACAUCUGCACAGCCUGCUCCCUGUUGUGUCGUAUGCAAGCUAAAGGCACAGUUCUCGUGUGUUUGUAAGGUGCAGACAUACUGCGGCCCGGCUUGUCAGCUGGUCGAUUGGCAGAUAGGCGGCCACUGUCAGACAUGCCCUGGGCCGACGAUUGUAAGCCAUCGAUUCGGGCGAGAGAAUCGGGGAUUCCAAGUCAAAGCAGAAGCUGUGUCCGCAGUUCUCGAUGAUCCGCGGACCACUGAGACCACCGCAGCAACGCACAAUGCCUCUGACGGCCCUACAGCCGACCACUUCACGUGCCGCAUGCCUGGCUGUGGGAGGUCUUUCCCUAAAAGCUCGUCUCUGAAGAGACACCACACCAUCACCCACACACUGCGCGAUGGUGUGUUACCUAUAGACAAAACCCUGUCCAAACACACCUCCUUCGGACAGGCAAGGCAUGCGCGCGCUCCGCGCGUCCAUACCGCGUCCACUCGGCGUGCGAGUACAUCACAGUCGCUGACUCGUAGGUCCAGGCGAGGAGCCGCCUGCCCUGUGGAUGAGGCCCCAGAGUUCACGUGUUCGUUUGGCGGGUGCAGCCGCAGCUUCCCCAAGCGAUCGUCACUUCUCAAGCACGCACACCACCACGCACCACCCGCAACGGGUCAGAAGGCGGUACGCGCCAAGGCGGCAGCGUUCACGUGUACGUCUGUGGGGUGCGAGAAGUCCUUCGCUAAUCAUCCGUCCCUGCUAAAGCACGCGGCUGUCCAUAAGAAAUCUUCCAAACCGAACUUCGUAUGCCCCGUUGAGGGGUGUCACAGGCCGUUCCUCUAUCGUUCGCAGUUGCUCCAGCACACGACCUUCCACCAGACACAGGCAAACGGCGGUGGGUUCACAUGCCCCACUGACGGGUGUGACAGGACUGUCCCCUAUGAGUCAUCGCUGCGACAACACGCGUGCUCCCUCGCGAAACAAAAACCUGAACGUGGCACAGCACCUCCCCCUUUCAACACAAGCAACGGCAUAGCCGUAACUGAAACGACAGUCACAUCUGGUCCCAUUGCCAAUGGCAACCACAAGGAAGCACGCGAUGGUGCUGGCGUACUUGGUCCCAGGGCGGCACGUGGUCAAGCUGUCGCUGAAGGGUUCAUUAGCCCGACCAAUGGUACCGACACACCGGUGAUCAGCACAAACCCCUCAGACGGGGCUGUAGGCAGUCAACGUAAAGUUGUCAUUGGCAUGGGUUUCGCACCUAUUCCGACAGGCGCAAUUUGGCCCAAAGUCCUGAUUGGUGGCCCUGGAAUCACAAAUGGGUGCAGAGUGGCGAACGCUUUUGGACCCACAGUCGCAGACAGCUCCACUGUGGCGGGUGCUUUCAAGCCUGCAGUCACCACCAGUUCCAAUAUCGUUCCCGGGCAUCCACCCCCUAUCCCCCAAACCGUACUCGAUCACACAAGCGAAAGUAACCGCAGACCCGAGCGAAGUCGAGUAGUCAGUGACACACCCCUCUCAAUUGUUCACGAAGCCAUGUCGGCUGCUGCGGCCACCACUGCAAACUGCUCACUAACACAUGACCAACGCACAGUAGUGGACCCUGCGGAUUCGGUGCUCGAGAUCGGUUGCACUGAGGUGUUGAGCAACGCUGAUGCUGGCUCAAUCACAAGUGGGGCGCGGUUGGGGGGUACGCCCACAGGCCUAGGCCGGGCAAGGGCAUGCUUCACACAGGAUGCAACGCAACGGGAUAGCCGCCUGGAUGAGAACCCUACACACGCACUGAAGAGGCGUGGCCCAAGCGACAGGCGCAAGGCUACCAAGAAGUGCAGAGUGUCGCCACGCGCACGCAACACCGACCAGCCACCAGACUGCAGCGCAGCUGUAGAGGGGUUGGAGAUGUCUCCGGCCGCCGCGGGUGCAAAGGAGUUGGGCCAACAUCCGACUCAAACUGCCACGCACAGACUGCGGAGGUCGAAGCGUAGCAAACGCUGGUCAGUGUGCGUAUUCCGCGGUGCGAAGGCAGAGGCGGUUGGGGGGAAGCCGACUACACUGCCACACGCCAAGGACCAAGGCACAGAGACGGCCAAUGCCACAGCCAGUACGACCACGCGGAACAGGUCCACGCGUACGCCGCAAGAGCCCAAGUCAGAUAACACGAGGCCAUUGCGGAGACACACCGGACAAAAACUUAUGUACAGGUGCGACGCCCGGGGUUGUGGGCGGCAGUACACAACCCCAGGGUCGUUGAAUAGGCAUGUCGAUGCAGUGCACGUACUAGAGCGUGCGAAGGGGAUGAGGGAGUCAGCAGGCACGGAGACAUCGCACAGACUUGCCACAGUACAAGCCAUUUAUACGUGUUUCAUCAGGGGAUGUGUGAGGCAAUACACAACUCAUUGGUCAUUGCAUAGGCAUGUCGAUACAGUGCACAGAGUGAAACGUGCGAAGGAGUCAGCGGGGUGUACCUCAGGACAAAUUACGUACAAGUGUCGCUUCAAGGGAUGUGAGAAGCAGUACACAGCUCGGAGCACAUUAAACAGGCAUGUCGAUACCAUGCACAAGAGAUAUCUGUGCACAAUCAAUAACUGCGGUCAGCGGUAUACCAGCUCUCCGUCCAGGUCGAAGCACCAAACAGACGUCCAUGGUUACACGAACGGCUGUAGUGCUGUCAGUCUCCUAGCCGAUAAGGCGGAGCUGACGGCAGGCCCGUAUAUCUGCAAAAUGGAGCAAUGCGGGCUGAAGUACGCCAGAAAACAUUCUUUAAUCUGGCACUACAAGCAAAAGCACGGCAUCCUCACGUGAUGCAAAACAAUUGCGAAUAAAGACACCACACAUCGGACAAGUGGCUGGCCAUGGACUAUAGGACAUAACUACAAAACAAUUGCGAAUAAAGA